UAUUAUUAUUAUUAUUGUUAUUAUUAUUAUAAAACAUAAAUAUUAUUAUGCUUAUUAUUUUUCUUAUUUUUAAGUAUUUAAUAAAAUAUUUUACUAGUUUUUAUCCAGCUUUUUACUACUUUUAUUUUAACAAAUUACUUUAUUAAUUAUAAAUUUCCUUACAUUUUUUUUAAGUAUUUGAUAAAAUAUUUUAUUAGUUUUUAUUCAGCUUUUUACUAGUUUUUUUUAACAAAUUACAUUAUUAAUUAUAUGUAAUAAAAGUAGUCAUGAUUAUGAAAUCUGAGAAAUCACCAGUCUUUGUACUAAUUUUAUUUCGAGUAAUAAAUAAUUUUAUUUCGAGUAAUAAAAUUAUUGAUUUCUAAAAAUAGAAUAGUGGUGUAGAAAUAUAAAGGUAAAAAAUGAUUUGUGUUUGCAAUGAAGAUGGUCUCCAUAUAUAACUGUUAGCAUAACAGCAUAAUCAAACAGUCUAUUAUAUUUAAUAUAUGUUUAGAACUUUACACUAUGUAUGGUUUAACAUAAGAUAAUUUUUUGUUCCAUUAUUCUUAACAAAAGAUAACAUAUUACCAUCUUAUAGGUAGCCAUGGCAGGGCUGAUGGUUGCAGGAGCAUUUCUUACACCUGUCAUCCAAGUUAUUGUUGAGAGGGUUGCCUCAGGAGAUUACAAAGACAUCUUCAAGAAACGAAUGGUGAAUAAACUUGAAAUCACUUUGAAUUCUAUCAAUCAAGUGUUGGAUGAUGCAGAGACAAAGCAGUACCAGAAUCCAAAUGUGAGGAUUUGGCUUGACCAUAUAAAACAUGAGGUAUAUGAAGUAGAACAACUGUUGGAUGAGAUUGCUUCAAGUGCACAACGAAAGAGCAAGGUUAAACACUUCUUUUCAUCUCUGACUAAUCAGUUUGAAUCUAGGAUGAAAGACUCGCUAGAUAAGCUAGAACAUCUUUUAAAGCAAAAUGAUGUGUUGGGAUUGAAAGAAGGAACAUCUGCUCGUAAUGGACUUGAAGUCAGUUCAGAAUCUUCAAAAAGAGUGCCAACAACGUCUUUGGUGGAUGAAUCUAGAAUACUUGGUAGAAAUGGUGAUAAAGAGGAAAUUAUUGAUUUCUUACUUUUAGACAAUGGUAGUGGUUGCAACCACGCACCAAUAAUCAGCAUAGUUGGUCUUGGUGGGAUGGGUAAGACAACCCUUGCUAGGCUCGUCUACAAUGACGACAAGGUGCAAAACAACUUUGAACUUAAAGCUUGGGUUUAUGUUUCAAAUCCAUUUGAUAUUUUUGGGCUCACUAAAGAAAUUCUCGAGCAAUUUAAAUCUCCAACAGAUAGUGAAAGCUUGGAAAUACUCCAACGUCAAUUGCAACAGACACUAAUGGGAAAAAAAUAUUUGCUUGUUCUAGAUGAUAUUUGGAAAGCUAAUGAGAAAAGUUGGGAGCAGUUACUAAUUCCUUUUAAUAAAGGAUCUCCUGGAAGUAAGAUGAUCGUGACAACACGAAGUAAGGAUGAUGCAUCAGCCAUGGAAUCUACAAAGUUAGUUGAAUUAGAACAACUGGAGGAGAGUGAUUGUUGGAAUUUAUUUGUGACACAUGCUUUUCACGACAGAAACGCGAGUGAUUAUCCAGAUCUUGAACCAAUUGGAAAGAUGAUUGUAGACAAGUGUGGAGGGUUGCCAUUAGCUGUUAAAACAAUGGGGAACCUCUUGAGAAAAAAAUUCUCUAAAAGUGAAUGGGAGAAAAUAUUGAAGACUGAUAUGUGGUGUUUAUCAGAGAGAGACAGCAACAUAAAUCCAGUAUUGAGACUGAGUUACCAUAAUCUUCCUUCAAAUUCGAAGCGUUGUUUUGCAUAUUGUUCCAUAUUUCCCAAGGGUUAUGAGUUUGACAAGAAUAACAAAAGUAACAAAAGUAAAGAAGAGUUGGGUAGUGAAUCGUUCGAAGAUCUUGAAUCAAUUUCAUUUUUCCAAAGAACUCCAUAUUCUGAUAGUUGGUUUGUCAUGCAUGAUCUUGUCAAUGACUUGGCAAAAUCAGAGUCUAGAGAAUUUUGCUUACAAGUGAAUGGUGAUACGGGGCAAGAUAUAUCUGAAAGGACACGCCACAUUUGGUGUUCUCUUGAUUUGAAAGCCGGCGAUGGGAUAUUAAAGCACAUUUAUAGAGCUAAGGGAUUACACAGCUUGUUGGUAGAAUCACCAACGUAUGGUGGCGAAUGCUUCAUGAUAAGCAACAAUAUGCAAGGUGAUAUGUUUUCAAAAUUAAAAUAUUUGCGGAUGUUAUCAUUUAGUGAUUACGGAACUCCACACGGAGAGCUAGAACUAGCAGAUGAGAUAGGCAGUUUAAAUCUUUUGCGCUAUCUAGACCUGACUUGGACAGAUAUUACAAGGUUACCCGACUCUAUCUGUAAGCUUUAUAACUUAGAGAGACUGGAAUUGAAAAACUGUGAUAAUUUGACUGAAUUGCCUUUAGACUUUUACAAACUUGACGGUUUACGCCAUCUUAAUCUGGAAGGAACUGCAAUAAAGAAAAUGCCAAAGCAGAUAAGGAAACUUAACCAUCUAAAAACGCUGACUAAUUUUGUUGUGGGAGAGUCGAGUGGGUCUGAUAUUGAGGAGUUAGAAAGUCUCAAUCUUCUUCAAGGAAAAAUUUGUCUUUCAGGAUUGAACAAUGUCACGGAUCCAACACAUGCCGUAAAGAGCCGUUUGCAAGAUAAGAAGUUUUUAGAAGAAAUACAUAUUAUAUUUGAUGGUUCUGUAGUGGAAAGCAAUGUGUCUGUCUUGGAUGCCCUUCAACCAAAUAACAAUCUGAAGAGACUCACUAUCCAGAACUACAAUGGCAAUAUGUUUCCAUCUUGGAUAAGGGGAUGUGAUUUACCCAAUUUAAUAUCUCUUAAACUUCAGAACUGUAAUGGAAUAAAGAUCUUUGGCAAUAACUCCAUAAAUGAUCCGUUCAAGUUCCUCGAAGUUUUGGAAUUUGACUCCAUGUCUGAAUGGGAGGAAGGGAUUUGUAUUGAAGGGUUUCCUCGGCUUAAAGAGAUUUCUAUAAAUGAUUGUCCCAAAUUGAAAAGGGUAUCACUGCCUCAACAUCUUCCUUCAAUACAAAAAUUGUUUAUAGGUGGGUGCAAAAUGGUGGACGUGUCAAUUCUCAAUUAUGAUAAAAUCAUAGUGUUGGAUCUCCGGAAUUAUAAGCGGAUUAUGAUAAAUGAGUUGUCAUCAAGCUUGAAAAGGUUUGUCCUUGGUAAAAAUCAGUAUGUUGAGUUCUCCAUGGAUCAUUUAAUCAACAAUCCCUUUCUGCGAGUGUUGUGGUUGGAUUUUAAGGACUUGGUAGAAUGUCCUUCGUUAGAUUUGUGUUAUAAUUCUCUUCAGGAUUUUUCCAUAAGAGGAUGGCAGUCCCCCUCGUUGCCUAUUUCACUACACUUGUUCACCAAUCUACGUUUUCUAAAGUUGUUGGAUUGUCCAAGGCUGGAGUCUUUUCUUUUUGGAGGUUUGGCUUCCGAGUUGUGGUCCCUUGUAAUAUGCAAUUGCCCAAAAUUAAUUGCUUCCAGAGAGGAGUGUGGUUUGUUCCAAAUCAAUUAUGUAUAUACGUUUACGGUUAGUGAUGAUUUUGAAAACGUGGAAUCCUUCCCCGAGCAGAAUCUACUGCCACCAACUCUGAACCAUCUUACCCUGGAUAAAUGUUCAAAGCUAAGAAUAUUGAACUACAAGGGAUUUCUCCACCUCAAUUCUCUUGGUACUAUAUGGAUUUGCAACUGCCCUAGCCUUGAGAGUUUGCCGGAGGAGGGUCUACCCAAUUCCCUUUCUGAUUUGUACAUUGAAAAUUGUCCAUUACUUUCAGAGAAGUACAAAAAGGAGGGAGGAGAGCGUUGGCAUACAAUUAGUCAUAUCCCUACUGUGCGGAUUGACGGUAUUCAUCAGCAUUAGAUUGAACGGUAGAAAUGAGAUGUUUGUCACAGUGAUGUGAUCCUCAAAGAUAUUGCCGACCAAGACAUUCCAUUGCCAUCAACAUCAAAACUAUGGAUUUCAAGUAUUUUCUAUUAAUUUUGUGGUUAAGAAGAGUCUGUAAUCAUUCUUAAAAAAAUAUAAGACUUUGUAUUUCCAUUUUUUAAGUGUACACUUUCCUUUGUUUUGUAAUGUGUCUUGUGCCUGUCUCCAAAUAUUGAGACUUGAGACUGGCUAGAGUGAUUUUCUUAUUCUGUUAUUCAUGCUUUAUAACAGCCUCAAACAGAAAUAGGUUCUUCCUGAAAAAUAUAGAAGCAUUUCUCAACAAAGUUGUCUUAUAAAAGAAAUGAUGUUUCUGAGGAAUUUAAAACUAAUUGCUUAUUCCUUUUA